UGAGAGGAAUAACGAAUUAAUGACUGAAACAAUAAAUAAGCAAAUGAUAAAUGAAAUAAUAAAUAAGCGAAUAUAUAAUACAAGAAAUGAAAUCUGAAAAGCGAGUAAGUUGAGAGGAAGUGAGCAAGAGUCGCGCCAGGCUGUCAGUGCUUUGCGAUGACAUGGAUCCUGACACCUUAAUUAUCAAGUCUGCUGAGCACAAAAUCAAGGACAUGAUGCGUCUAAGGAACCUCCCCAACCCCAUGGCAUCGUCCAAGGCAUACCGUGACACCGCGAUCCUUGAGUAUCCACGCCAGAUCCGCCACCAGGAGCACCCGGCAGACUACAAGGCCCUCAUCAAGGCAGAGGCGGCUUUCAGGCACCAGCUCUUCCGGGCAGCCAGAGCGACGUGGGGUUGCAUGGAAAACCUGGUCAUGUCCCCGGUGACGCUUCUGCUCAACCUGGGGAGUGUUUACGUGAACUGUGAGGGAGAGACGGAACACGAGCUGGCCAAAGCUCUGCACUGGACUCACAACAAGGAGGCAUUCAGGCGCGGGGCAGAGGACCUCAUGGCCGCCCUGGUUAUCCCACGGUGUAGUGCAGGCUACAAGAUGUCCCUGACAAGCCUCCUCUUCCGGAGGUGGGAGAAGGGCGAGGAACAUGACCCUUACGAGGACAUGGCGAACCUAUUCCAGACUGUCCCCACUCCGUGCCCCCUCGCCUGCCCCUUCCACUCCCGCCGCCACAUCAACUCCCUCGUGGACACCAUCACUAAGGGCAGACUGCCUAACUUGGUGCCUGAGGGGUGGCUGAGAGAGGAAAUGGAUCUGGUCGGUAUAAGCGGCUUGUACCUGCGGGGAUUCAGUCAGCCUGGGUUCUGGAAGUACGCCACAGCCUUCAGGGAGUUCUGGACGGGUCCGGAUAAGAGUAUGAGGGUUCCAAUGCUGCACACCCAGGCAGACUUCCUCACCUAUCGCCACCCUGACCUUCGGGCGGGAUUCCUCGUGCUGCACUACCCGGAGGGAAUGUUCCUGGUGGUUAUCGUGCCGGAGGAGGCGGACGGUCUGCCGCAUCUGGAGGCUGCCCUUACGCCCCAGCUGGUAAGCCGCUCCCUCAACUUGACCAAGGCACGACGCACUCUGCUGGCGAUCCCCAAAAUGAUCCUCGACCAAACUCGCGACUACACGGAAAUCCUGGAACACGUGGGCGUGCGGACACUUUGCGACCCCUCCUCCUGCGAAUUCUCCGGCGGAAAGAAGUGGACGCACCUGCACCGCCUCAUUCACCGCUCUGUAAUGCCUCUCGACGAGCAAAAUCCCCUGGUGUCCAUAGCCAAGCGCAGUGUCCAGAGCCUCACCUGCGGGCUGCGGCUAGGGUCAAGGUCGUGUUUUGGAGGAGGGGGGAUGGGGGUCCUUGUUUACGCUGGCGAGUCUUCACAGCAAUCAUGGUACAUCCAGCAGUACACUCAGCGUUCCACACCACACAUCCCACACCACACAUCCUGCACGCCGCAACCCACAACACAUUUCCUCUCCAAGGGUAUGACCUGUCUCCAAGCAAAUCUCCGCCAUCACGGCAGCAGCACGCGGGUCACGUGCAUCACUAAUGCCAUGCGUGCCAGGCUCAUAAAAUUCCAUCAUAAUGCAGAUGCUGAUUGA